AAGAAACUGUGCAGCAGCAAAAACAACACCGAUGGCGAGUCAGGUUCCUUAUCCCGGCGCCCAUCCACCAAUACAUAAUGCUUAUCAACCCCUGUCUGAAUCAGAAAUCUAUGCCAUCAAGCGCACGUACUUGGGACUUCUCCCUGCCUCACAGAUAAUAGACAUGUGCCUCACCUUUGAGGCCCAUGCCCCAUUGCAUGUCAAAAGUACUGUAUGGCCGUAUGAUAUUCGAGCUGCCAUUGCUGCCAUUCAAGCGCAGAACGCACAGAAUGUGCAGAGUGCACAGAGUACGCAGAACGCCAGAGCAUCCGCAUCCCCCGAAGGCGCUGGACCUGCGCAGGCUGCUGCCUCAACAUCGGAAGUAUCCCCUGCGGUCACUGGCAAUGGUAAUGCCUCGCACGAGAACGAUGCUUCGCCUUCAGCACCGGCGUCUGAUUCACCCAAUACCCCCGCAGAAGUUGGGUCAAGCAAUCCGCCGCCACCGACUGCUGCAGACAAUGCUCAACCGCAGCCACCAUCGCAAACGCAGACACCGACUCAACCGCCAAUACACCCACCAGGUCAACCUCCGCCGUACCCUCAUCAACCUUACUACAGUCCAGCUUAUCCUCAUGCACCCUACUAUCCUCCGCACCCCCCUCAUCAUCCGCCAUACAACUAUCCUCAUGGUUAUCUUCCUUCCUUCCCUCCUCCUCCUCCUCCUCCUCCCGGACCAUAUUCUCCUGGUCAAUCAUCCCAUCCACCGCCCUUAUUCUCCACUGCACCUCUCUCACACCCUCCCCACCCUCCCCAUCCUCACCAGCACGAUGCCUCAGUCCAACCCCCAAAUGCUGUGGAUGACCUACCCAGCUAUGAAGAGAUGAUAGUGGAGGCUCUCAACGAUUGCGGCGACCCCGAGGGGUGCGCACCAAAAGCCUUGUUCAGCUGGAUGGCAAUGCACUACCCAUUGCAAACAAAUUUCAGGCCAUCGGCUAGCCAAGCCCUACAGAAGGCAUUCAAGAGAGGUCGCUUGGAAAAAGGAAGCAACGGGAAAUACCGUCUGAACGUAGCUUGGGAGGGUGGUAAUACAUCGCGUCGAACGACCCGAAGGCCACAAACUCAAGCACAGACCAUUCACAACCCAACAAAUAAUCCAUACGCUAGUUCUGCCAUGCAGUCACGCCCACCAGGAUAUCCAGGCUACUCUUCUUAUGGCGGAUAUGGCUAUCCUGGUCAUACACCUCAGCCUCUCUCUCAAGCCGAAAAUACCAAUCAGACCGUAUCUGCCGCUCCCUUCAAAGCAUUUACGGAAACGUCAGACGACAUGGCUGGCAAUGAUGCUU